CUUUCAAAAUCAUAAGAUCCCCCUCCAAAAUAUUCUGAAGUCUUCCCAGCUUCUUGGUCCUCAACUUCCUUUCUUCUUGUCUCUCUGAAGUUCUAGUUCUUUGUUAUGACACAGAUUCUGGAACCUUCACAGGCCACACUCCUUUAGUAUGCUUAGGUCUGAUUAACCUGAGCCACAUAGUUCCUCUGUAACCCUCUGCAUGCUUGUCUACAAGGACCUCUGCCACAUCCAAGUUCAUACUGCUCAGAAACAGUGAGCUUGGGGUGUUCCUUUUAUCUUGAUCUCCCUUUGACAAAGAAAUCCAGAUGACACAGAACCCUCUGAAGACAACACCUGAAAAAUGGCAGUCUUGGAAAUAACUUUGGCUGUCAUCCUGACUCUACUGGGACUUGUUAUUCUGGCUAUUUUAUUAACAAGAUGGACACGACGCAAACAAAAUGAAAUUGAUGUCUCAAGAUACAGUUCAGAACAAAGUGCUGGUCUUCUGGACUAUGAAGAUGGUAGAGAUUUUCCCUCUCAGAGAUCUAAAAGAGGAAGAGGAUUCCGACAUUUAUAUUCAACAGAAAGUGACACUUCAUAUGAUGAUCGAGCACUGUCUCAAUCAAGUAUUGCUUUGGUGCAAGGAUCCAUGAGUAAUACAAAAGCCUUCAAAGCAACUUCAGAACCUUUAUCAGGCAGUGUAGGACCCAUAACUGGAGCCAUUGGACCCAUAAUGCAAUUCACAGCACCAAUUCCUGGCGGUACAGGACCUAUCAAGCUGUCUCAAAAAACCAUUGUGCAAACUCCAGGACCUAUUGUGCAAUAUACUGGGCCCAAUGUGGAAACUUCAGAAAUGACCACUACAGAAUCUUCUUUGGAAUCAACUCCUCACACAAACAAGGGAGCAGUUCCACCUGCCCUCACUGGUCCACCACCUUCAGUGCACAGUGGUUUGCCCUUGGCACCAAUAAUGAUUUCACAAAGAACCUCAAGUAAGUUCUUUACUUCUCAGCCUGUCAAAUAUGAGACCUUUUCUGAGCACAGAUAUUAUAUUUUUAAAGUGCACCAAGGAUUGAGAUUUUGUUUCCAUACUUUUUGCUUUCACAUUACCCACAGGCCUCCCAAUUUAAUUGGUCCAGUAUCAGCUGUGGACAGUUCUGGAAAAAUCACACUAACUCCUAUCGUUAUAUUUCCAGGUUACACAGAUGCACAAGUUGCAAAAAAAUCAGAUUUCAAGGCCCAGAUUCUAAAAAAUGAAGGCACUACAAAGAUUGAGAACAGCCAAGAAGAAAACAAGAAAACAUUAAAGAAGAAAAUCUUAUUUACAGAUUCUGAUGAAUCCUUGACCUUAACGCACAAAACAGAGUCAAAAAGCAAAGCAAAAGGCAUUGAGUUGGAGGACGGUGAGAUAGGUAUGGAGGUUGAGAAAAAGGAAAGUGACACCAGGAUGCUGGGAGAAGAAGACCAAAUAAAGGGGCGUGACAUAGGAAUACCAAUAGGAGAGGAAGCCCAAGUAAAGAGAAGUGAAUCCAGAAUACCACAAGAACAGGAAGCCCAAGUAAAGAUGAAUGACACUGGGAUACCACAGGGACAGGGGUUUCAAAUAAAGCAGAGUGAGUUAAGAACACAAGAAGGACAGGGGUCUCAAGUAGAGAAGAGUGAGUCCAAAAUACCACAAGAGCAGGAGUCUCAAGUAGAGAAGAGUGAGUCUGAAAUACCACAAACACAGGGCUCCCAAAUAGAGAAGAGUGACACCAGAAUACCACAAAGACAGGAGUCCCAAGUAAAGAAGAGUAAGUCUAGAAUGCCACAAGCACAAGGGUCCCAAGUAAAAAAAGAGAGUUCUGAGAAUAAAGGAAAGCAGGACAAAGACAAGGGAGAUGCGAGGAAGAAGAAAGAUACAGGAGAAAAUGAUACUAUGAAGAAAAGUGAUGAAGGAAAGCACAAAGUUAAAGGAAAGAAGGAAUUAGAAGUCAAGGGUAAAAAAACAGAAGGUUCAGUAAGGGGCAAAGUCAACUGAUUAUUAUGAUUCCUAUCCUCCAAAUACAAGUCAUAACCCAGUUAUUGCCUAAAUGGAUCAUAAUUACAGAAUCCCUUUAAUUUAUACAUCCACAGAGUGUCUACUGUAGUUCUUUCACCAUUUUUAGUCCUCUCAGCCACAAAUCUCAGCUUCCAAUUGUUUGUUUUCUAAGUUGAUAAUUAUGACUUAAUCAAGAAAGACUGGAUACUUUCUGAAAUAAACAUUUUGACUAAAGAAAUGUAUAAUUUUC